CUCUCUCUCUCUCUCUCUCUCUCUCUCUCUCACACACACACACACACACACAUUUUCUCUCUCUACAAUGGUGUGACUAAUACCUACUAUUGAAAGGGUUGUUUAAUUUUCAUUCAUGUUACUGUAGAAUCUGGAUGCGUAAAGAGUCAUGUUACAGAUGAAUUUGGAGGUGUAAAGAGGAAAAGAGGUAAACAGCAUAAGAAUUUUCACAGGUGAAAUGUAUUAUUGAUCCUGGAUUUUUCAAGAAUGAAAAACAGACUAAUUUAUAUUCAAGAAUCGUUGUGGUAAAGUUUGAAGAAAAUGGAAGUGACAAAAACAUCAUCCAUCAGGAAAAUGUGGCGUGAUCUUGAAAGCGAGGGAAAGUAUGAGAAAUUAGGGGACACAGACACCAGUGAAAUUGAAAAUGAGUGUCCUCAACACCAAAAUCAAGAAGCAGUUCAUAAUAGAUUGUGCUUGAAGCGUUCUCCUUCUCUUGAUUUUCCUGCAAAAGAGCGCGUGAGGAAAGUUUUCCAUGAUUGGGGAAGCAAAAGCUUUGAAGGUCAAACACUGUAUAGUUCACGUAUGAAUAAUUGUUCAAGGGCAGAAUCGGUAUUUAUCCGUAGGAUAUAUGGUAGACAGGCUGUUCUGGACUUGUUAGCGAAGUUUAUGAGAGAAAGGAAAACAGAGGUUGAGGAUUUAUUGAAAAAUCAAUUCGUAUCAAAUUUCCCUCAUCGCCCUCGAAUUCAGUCAUUGCUGAAAGGUAGAUUUUUGAGGAAUCAAAGGUUUGUAGAAGAUCAAAAACAGGCUUCUGUUGCUGAAAGUGAAUUAGGGUUAUUGAGGCAAACACAUUCUGUAUCUGAUAUAAGGAAAGGCUUCCUUUCUAAAUUGAAUAACUAUGACAAAAAUGCUUCAGAGGUCAAUGACAACAUCCGACAAGCUGAAGAAAUCGUUCAUGAAAUUGGUGAAGAAUUUGAAACAAAUAAUUUAACAAGCAAACAGGAAGCUUACAAUCCGCAACAAUUCUCUUCACAAGUAGAAGAAAGACAUGAUGAUGAUGAUGAUGAUGAUGACGACGACGUCUUUAUCAUGCAAUAUGAAGAAAGAGAUGAUUCAAUGGAAGAAACAAAUCAAAUCACUCAUCACGCUGAAUUCCCACAAGGAUCUCAAUCGGAUGAAGAAGUGCGUUUAUAUCCUUUACACACGAGUACAGAUAGUUUAAAUUGGCAAGAAAUUUCACAUGCAGAAGAAGAGUGGGAUGAAUCCGAUUCAGAAGAAGAUGAAGACGAUGACAGUGAAUGGCAUCAUUUAACUCGUACAAACUCAGACGAGGGUAUAGAUGUCAAUUCACCAGUAAGAAGCGAUUCGCAAGAGUGGAUCGAAACCCUAGAAAGUAGGAGUAACGCAUUCUAUUGGUUGGAUGACGAUGAUAAUAACGACAGCAGAUUAGAACUCACGCAACUUACAAACAGGUAGAUAAAUUCAUAAAUCCAAUCACAGUUCAAAUAGAUGGAUCCAAUCACAGUCGAAUUCCAUAAUAUUUAAAAUAUCAAUCUAAUUCAGAAAACCAUUCGCGAUUGUAGGAGAAUAAUUUCUAAUCUUCUUCAAAUUGAUUUUGGUGCACGACUGGCUCAGGUGCUGAUGGAAUCAUAUGUGAAUUGACAAAAUCAAGAAUUUGAAUCACAAAAAGAAGAUGUUGUCAUCCCCUAAACAGAGGAGGAAAGGGAGAUAAACAAUGGGUUAAGAGUUGAUAUGGAUGCACUUGAAGAAAGAAUGAAUGAAAUGCAGAGGAUGCUGGAGGCGUGUGUGGAUAUGCAAAAAUUAGUACAACAAGAGCUUAAUUUAGCUCUGAACAGUAAUCAACUUGCUAAUUAUGUUGUGAUGAUGGUUUUGAAUCAUAACCAGAUAAAUCUGGUGCACACAUGCGUAUACCCUCAAAAUAUGUUCAGAAAGUAAACUGGUCUAAGCUGAAGGAAAGUGUGAAGUGAACAAGUAGUAUAAGAUCAAGACUUAUAGAGCAGGGGAAUUAGCAGAUGGAAUAAGAAAGAAAGAUUAACAAUAAUGUUUUUUAAUCAGGUUCCUUUUGAUCUUCAGUCUUGUGUGGUGAUGAAAUGAAGAUGCUAGCUUUGCACUGAAGAUAAAUCCAAACAAAAAACAUAAAUCCUUUGUUAGUUUUGUAACAUCCGAAUCCCAAGGUAUGAAUUUUAAUUGUUUAAGUUUGAAAAUUUGGAU